AUGAAUGUACUCAUUAGAACGUUUAUACUUACGGUUGUAAUCAAGACGCAACUUAUUUUAGGAAGGAGUUUAAGCUACGAUAAGCAGAGCUAUGUCCCGAAGGUGUACGCUAAUUUGCACGGUGCGAGCCCCAGUGAGGUUGUGAAGAAGGCGAAUAGGACGUACAGAAAUGUUAAGAACAAAAAUUAUUUUCCCGAUUUUUCCAGUUCUGCCAGUUUCUCCAACCUCCCGAGCAGCACCCCCCUGUUCAUUAACAACUACAAACCCAAGUAUGAGAAGAUAAAGAGGACGGGGACAUCGAGUCUCCACAUCUCGGACGCCCACAACUACAAAAUAAAAACCAGUCAACAUGUGAUAAACUCACUGAACAAAAAAAUAAAGGAGGGAAUAUUUUCCCUAUUUAAUGCUGCAAAUAGAGACACCAGCAUUUAUAGCAACGACUUUGAAAGUAAUAAAAUUAUAGAUGACAUUUCUUCCAGUGAUAAAUCUCAAAAUAGUGGGAAGGAAAAUCAAAGUGCAUUCGGGAAAGAAGUCUUAGGAGAUAACAAUAAUGUAGGGAAAGGGGCAGAUCAAAAAAAACCAUGCACCUUUUUAAACAAUGUGGUUGAAGGAGGAAAGACAGUGUCCUUGCUAGGGCUUUGGUAUGUAUGUAACAUAUUCUACAACAUUGAAAAUAAAAAGGCAUUAAAUUUGUUAAAUUUGCCAAUUACAAUUGCGAUAGCGCAAAUUUAUGUAGGGUUGCCAAUCUUCUUAAUUCCUUGGGCCCUCAAAUUGAGAAAUCAACCAGAACUAUUCUACGAUGAACAGGAAAUGAAGAAAAUAAACCUGAGUGAUAGAAAUGCAUUAAUAAAAGCAUUACAAAAGUAUGUACUCUUUUUAAAAAAAUAUAGUAGUAUAAUGAAGCAAAGUAUAUAUCAUGGGUAUGCCCACCUCUUAUCCGUUAUAGCCAUGGGAGCUGGGGCAAUCAGCUUUGUCCACAUUGUUAAAGCGUCUUCACCAUUAUUUGCAGCUUUCUUCUCAUAUUUCUUAAUGAACAACAGAAUGUCUCUCUAUACUUAUUCCUCCCUACUUCCAAUCGUAUUUGGUGUAUCCUUAGCGUCAAUAAAGGAACUAUCAUUUACCUACAAGGCGUUAUAUUCAACCCUGUCAGCUAACGUACUUUCAACCAUGAGAGCUAUAGAAGCAAAAAUUAUGAUGGAUAAAAAUCUCGAAAAAUUAGGAAAACAUUUAACACCUGAAAAUAUAUUCGCUCUUUUAACUCUCUCCUCUGCAAUCUUCUUAACCCCAGCUUUAUAUCUUGAUGCACACAAGUGGAAAGAUGCCUACUCCUACUUGAUGGAAAACAAGGACGUUUUAAAGGUACUGGGAAGACAUGUACUUAUGUCCGGUGUUUGGUUUUAUCUGUAUAAUCAGUUAUCCUUCAUUUCGUUAAACAGAUUAAAUCAUAUUACUCACGCCGUGGCCAGCACAGUGAAAAGAGUUUUCUUAAUAUUAACUAGCUACUUCAUAUUUGGAACGAAAUUUUCUUUUCUUGGGGGACUUGGCUCAACUAUGGCUGUAAGUGGCACUUUCUUAUACUCUCUG